AUGAAGGGCCUCGGGGGCACGAAGCUGAUCGUUCUACAGCCCUCGCUGAGCAAGCAGGGAGGCGGCGGCGGGCAUGGCGGCGGGAUCUUCCUGCUCAGCCCCCACAGGCUGUGGCUGCUGGUCGUCCUCGCCUUUUUAACCUUCAUGUCGAUAGUCUCCCUCUUCAACAAGCACGCCACAUUACCCUCUACCACCCUCUCCCCCUCCUCCCCGCUCCCCGGCUUCCCAUCCCGCCGCCUCCCCGGCGACCUCUUCGACGCGCUCCUCCAUUACGCCACCGCUGACGCCGCCGCCGGAUCUAAGAUGCCUGAGGCCGACGUGAAGGCUGUAGCCGCGACGCUCCGCCGCCACGGGCCCUGCAACCUGCUGGUCUUCGGCAUGGGCCACGAGACCCUCCUCUGGCGCUCUCUCAACCGCGGAGGCCGCACCGUCUUCCUCGACGAGAACGAGUACUUCGUCGCCCGCCUGGAAGAGCGCCACCAGGGGCUGCUUGAGGCGUACGACGUCGGGUACACCACCAAGGUCAGCGAGCUCCCAGAUCUGCUGGCGGCGGCGCGGGCGGACAGGAAGGGCGACUGCCGGCCGGUCCAGAACCUCCUCUUCUCCGACUGCAGGCUGGCCAUCAACGAUCUCCCCAACCAGCUCUACGAUGUGUCCUGGGAUGUCAUCGUAGUAGACGGCCCUAGGGGCUACAGCCCCUCAGCCCCAGGGCGGAUGUCGGCCAUCUUCACCGCCGCCGUCAUGGCGAGGAGCGGCGGCCGUGGGGGUUUCAACUCCACCACGGACGUCUUCGUCCACGACUAUGAGAGGGAGGUGGAGAAGGUCUGCAGCGAGGAGUUCCUCUGCAAGGAGAACCUCGUCGCCGCCUCGGGGCAGCUGGCCCACUUCUCCAUAGGUAAGCCCCCCCCCGGCACCGCUGGAUACGAAUUCUGCCGCGAUAGGAGUAGCCCCUCUUCGCCGGGGGCGGAGUAG